ACUAGUGUAAUCACUAAUCAACAAAGGAAAGGAAGAUCCAAAAUUGUUGAAAGCCAAACAAAAAGAGGGAUAAUAUGGAGAAGUUUGUUUCAAGUUGGAGUGAUGGUAAGACAUUGCCAGAAAGUUAUGUGUUCCCGGCUGGUCAAAGACCGGCGGAACACUUAUAUCCCAAAUCAAAAAUUAGUGUACCUCUUAUUGACCUUGGUAAGGAAAAUGGUCCUAAUCGUUUAGAAGUUGUUCAACAGAUUAUGGAGGCAGCUCAAACUCUUGGAGCCUUCCAGGUUAUCAAUCAUGGGAUAUCGACAAAAUUGAUGGAUGAUACUCUAGUUAUGUUCAAGGAGUUCUUCAACCUGCCAGUAGAGAAGAAAGCAAAAUAUUGUUCUUGGGAUACUAAAGAAAAAUUCAUUCUCUAUACAAGUAAUUUUGGUUAUGAUGAAGAAAAACUCCACUUUUGGAGAGAUGCUGUGACUCAAAGAUGUGCUCCUCUUGAAGAAUGCACCCCGUACUGGCCCGAUGAACCAGCCAAAUACAGGGAGAUUGUUGGAGAAUAUACUGCGAAAGCAAAAGAGGUAGGAUUAAAAAUCUUGGAGUUGAUUGCUGAAGGAUUAGGGCUCGAAGUAGGAUACUUUGAUAGUGAUGUAACACAAGAAGUGGAGAUGAAUGUGAAUCAUUACCCAGCAUGCCCAGAUCCAACUCUGACAUUGGGAGCUGGAUUACACAGUGACCGUAGUCUCAUAACUAUACUUAUGCAAGGCGACGUUUCUGGACUUCAGUUCAACAAAGAUGGAGAAUGGAUUGCUGUUGAUCCCAUUCCUGAUGUAUUAUGUGUUAAUAUUGGGUAUCUCAUGCAGAUUGUUAGCAACGGAAAGCUGAAAAGUGGUGACCAUAGAGCAGUGACAAACGCAGAGGUAACUAGGGAAAGUGCAGCGCUUUUCCUAACACCAACACAAGAAUGUCUUAUUGAACCUGCAAAAGCACUUAUCAAUGGUGAAAAUCCUCAACUCUUCAGGGCUAUUCAUUAUCAUGAAUUUCUUACAGCUCACAAUGCUGUGCGCAAAGCAAAACUAAGCCCUAACCAAGUAUUAAAGUCGUUUCUAAUUAAACCCUAAUUUAACAACCAAGCACCGUACCUGAAUGUGUGUGAACUAUAUACAAUCUUGUUUUAUUUUCCUUGUUCAAUUUGCUUAAUAUGCUAUCAGGAUUGGAUUGUGGUUAUGUUGAUUUAGAGGACCGUCUACUUCUGUAUUAGAUCGGAAUAAAACCAAAUGAUUAAUAUAAAUAGUUAUUUGGAUGUGAUA